UUGGAUGAAAGGAUCAAAAUCAGGGAGAUGAUCCUGAAGGGACAGAUCCAGGACGCCAUCGCACUGAUCAACAGUCUGCACCCAGAACUGCUAGACACCAACCGUUACCUCUACUUUCACCUACAGCAGCAGCAUCUGAUCGAGCUGAUUCGUCUGCGGGAGACUGAAGCCGCUCUGGAGUUUGCUCAGUCUCAGUUAGCGGAGCAGGGUGAAGAGAGUCGAGAAUGUCUGACUGAGAUGGAGCGGACGCUGGCCCUGCUGGCCUUCGACAACCCUGAGGAGUCGCCGUUCGGAGACCUGCUCAACAUGAUGCAGAGGCAAAAGGUGUGGAGUGAAGUGAAUCAGUGUGUCCUUGACUACGAAAACAGAGAGUCGACGCCGAAACUGGCCAAGCUCCUGAAACUGCUGCUGUGGGCUCAAAAUGAACUUGACCAGAAGAAAGUGAAGUAUCCAAAAAUGACAGACCUCAGCAAGGGAACGAUUGAAGACCCCAAAUAAGGACGUGCAGUGAAAACAAAACACACAAUCAUAUUUGAAGACGGACACAUUUCCUUUAUCUAUUUAUACACUAACAACAAAGUGACUCAUAUAGAGGACAACCUUUUCUUUUUGUAAGGGAGGCUUUUUGAUACUUCAGUAACUUAGACAAACUGGUCCAGUGGAUUUUUAAAAUGACAUGCAUACCUUUUUUUAAUUGGUGUUAUAAAUGGGGCUGCAACAAUUGUUUGAUUAUGAAUCGAUUACUAAUUGUAUUUUCAACUAUUUUGGUCAUCAAUUUAUUGGUUUGAGUGGUUUUUUGUUCAGUCAUUGAAACAAGUUCUCUGAUUCUUCAGCUUGUUAAAUGUGAAUAUUUUCUGGUUUGUUUGCACCAUAUAACAAAGAAAUCAUUAAUAUAUUCAAUUUGGUUUGUGGACAAAACAAGACAUUUGAGAACAUCAUUUGUUGAUGAGUUUUGGGGAAACACUGAUCAACGUUUUCUAACGUUUUAUGGACAGACAGAUGAAUCGAUUACAAAAAUAAUUAUGAGUUGCAGCCCUAAUUAUAAGUCAUGUUUGUUUAAUGCCUUGUUCAAAGCUGUUUUUUCAGCCCAAUAAAUUGGUUGUUUUGUGACCAAGUCCCUAAUCCAAGGAUGGAGACGGAGGAGACACAGGAGAAACAGGAGACACAGGAGACCACGAUCUCAUUCAACAUGCUGAAUCUGUGUCGACUGUAGCCGGUCAGAGACCAGGACAGGUCGUGUCAUGUGUAAGUCAGUGACGCUAGUUUUUUCUGUCUUCUGGCAGGGAAAGUUGUAACAGGGUGUGAAUAAAGCCUAAAUUAGG